UGCAUCAAGGACAGAUCAAAUCAUCCUCAACCUUCCGGGCUACUCGCUACCUAUACAUGUCCCGGUAUCUCGUGUUCUACGCCGCGGGUAGACUGCAUCAGUACUCCGCCUACCUGAUGCAGCGUGCGCAUGGCGAGCGCCCCUUUAUCUUCUCAACCAUACCCAGAACGUCUCGCGCUUCUUGAUAAGUGCACGCAUGGGAAUUCCAUUCCACUACAUAUGAGCGCCGCGCAAUCAGCAAACACACCCCGGUGCUUCCUGCCCGCUCUCGAUGCCUCCGUUGUUUGUCUGCUGUGCGCACUCAGAACAUAAUGACUGACGUAGAAGGCGAGUUUACGACUCCCACCGAAGAGGUUGCUGUAGCAGGGAUCAGCAAGCUCCCAGAGGCAGAAGUGGAAGUGGCUGUGGUCGCUCCAAUCAGACGCGAGGAGCCGUUGGUAACGAGGAAGGAACUUUGGAGCUAUUAUCUGUACAGCAAUGGUGACAACGGCGUAGGGCCAAACGGGUACUCAUUGACAUUGUUCCAGUCCUUUGCAACCUCAGCAGGCUGGGACCCUGCGCAGGGCCCAGGCUCAACGUGCAGCUCGUCCGAGCAGUGCGUGCUGCCAUGGGGCAGCGGAACCAAGUCCGUCAGUUCAAUUGUCCUGAUCGCGAACGGAGUGAGCUUCGCUAUCAUGACAGUGAUCUUCACGACGAUCGGGUCCGCCGCUGAUUACGGCACCUUUGGGCGAUGGCUGCUGUUUGUCAUCACACUCAUUUGCUGGGGAGCGCAGUUUGCCAGCAUGGCCUUGACGUCUCCUUCACGUUGGGUCGCAGCCAUGGGGCUGUACAUCGUGGGCUUCGUCACGUACGGCGCCACGCUGGUAUUUUAUGCUGCUGUUUUUCCUCGGCUAGCCCGCAACACUCCGCAUGCCCGUUCUUUGAGAGAGAAGUAUGACAGUGGUGAGAUCCCCGCUGAAGAAUACGAGCUGGAGGAGAGUCUGGAGAAGAACAGGAUAAGUAACAUCAGCACAGUGCACAGCAACCUGGGGUACAUAUUCGUGCUAUGUCUCAAUCUAUCCAUACUCCUCCCUCUUGCAAGUAACCCAUUGGUGGACAAUUACACCAUCUGCCUGACGAACGCAUACUGGGUUUUGCUGGGCAUCUGGUGGUUCAUCUUCCAGCAGCCGCGUCCAGGGCCUGCACUUCCGAAGGGCGAACAUUACCUCACGAUAGGGUGGAAGCAGAUCUGGAUUGCUCUCAAGCAGUAUAAGAAGCUUCCUUAUACCUUCAUCUAUCUCUUUUCGUUCUUCCUGCUAUCCGACGGCCUGAAUACGACUGGCACCCUCGUAUCCAUAUGUCAGAAUGACAAGUUCCAGUUCUCCUUCUUGCAGAACACCUACCUGGGAUUGGCACAGGCCUUCACCUCCACGGCCAGCACGCUGGGGUUCUGGUACAUCCAGAAAUACUGGAAAAUCAGUACUAAGCGGAUGUUCAUUGUGACUAAUGUCGUAACCAUCCUCAUCCCGCUGUGGGGCAUGAUUGGCAUUUGGACGACCAAACUUGGAUUCCACAACGAAUGGGAGUUUUGGGCGUACAACGUCGUCUUCGGCCUGUUCCAAGCGCCCUACUAUGCCUUCGCGCAAACGAUGAUGGCAGAGCUCGCGCCGCCGGGCUUCGACAACAUGUUCUUCGGCCUCUUCGGUCUGUCUAACCGCGCAUCGUCGAUGAUCGGGCCCAACGUCAUCCAGGCCAUCAUCAACAACACGCAGAACAACUGGAAAGGGUUCCCCUUUCUAUUCGCGCUGUGCACAGCGGCGAGCCUGGUCAUCUGGUUCAGCGUGGACGUAACGAAGGGACGGCGCGAUGCUGUCGCGUGGGCGGAGCGGCACCGUUCGUAUGCUGAAACGGGCGUCUUCACGGAGGAAGAAGGGUCCAUCGAUGCGAAGGAUUACGGAAAGAGAGCGUGACCGGUGUUCGCUUGUCCCUUGUAUAUAGAGCCGAAUGCUGUUCAUGACUCGGUAUGUGAUUUUUGGCUAUCUCAACGACGCCAGCUGCCGUCGUCAUUACGCGAUUCAAAUAGAGUCCUCGGUCUGCUACAAGUUACAAGUACAGCGCGAGAGCAAUGCAGUGGUUUCAGUUGACCUCCGGUGGCGGAAAACACGUGAAGGCACCUCAUCGCCGCUACGAACACAUGCCUCGGGGUAGUGACCAAAUACUUCAGCGUCC